AUGGAUGCAUUCUUGCAAGGUCUGAUUGAGGAGCAUCGUCAUAACAAGAAUGGAAAUACCAUGAUAGAUCAUUUGCUUUCUUUGCAAGAAUCACAGCCAGAAUAUUACACAGAUACAAUCAUCAAAGGGAUUAUGACGGUUAUGUUAAAUGCCGGGACAAAUACCUCUGCAGUGACCAUAGAAUGGGCUUUGUCGGCUUUGCUCAACCACCAGGAGAAGCUGGAAAGGGCUAAAGCUAAGAUUGACAGUCUUGUGGGCAAUGAUCGUCUGGUCGUGGAAUCAGAUUUAUCCAAACUUCAUUACUUACAAGCAAUUAUUUCUGAAACUUUUAGAUUGUUCCCAGCAGCUCCAUUACUCGUGCCACAUGAAGCAUCAAAUAACUGUAAAAUUGGAGGUUAUGAUAUACCCCGUGGCACAAUCUUGCUCAUCAAUGCUUGGACCCUUCACAGGGAUCCCACGGUUUGGGAUGAGCCCACAAGCCUCAAGCUAGAGUGA